UAUUCCCAAGCUAUGUGUUGCAUGUUGUCUGAGAAGAGUACAAGGCUUUAGAGCUUUCAUUUUUUUUUAAUUAUAAAUUUUGGCUUCUCAAGAUCUAGAUUUCUCUAUUCCUGUGUUUAUGUUUAGAUUAUUUUGGUAUAGUUUUAGUGCAUUAGUGUCUUUUUGCGAAGACUUAUGAUCUAGUUAAGAAAGCGUUACUAAAACCUUUCUUGGAGAUUACUAAAAUAUUUCUUGGAGUUAGAAAUUCAAAAGGGGUUUGACGAAAUUUACUUGGUGGUUGUGUAACCAAAAAGACCAUUGACUUAUUGUCAACGCUUUAAUUAACCCCUAUACACACUAUAUAAAGUAUUUAAUUAUAGAACCCUAGAUCUGUAUCUCUCUACACCAAAUUAAGUUUAGCCUAUCUUAUUAGUUUUAGUAUUUUUACUGAAAACGGUUCCUUUUAUUGCACAAAGACCAAGGUCAAUUUAAUUCUUUAAUAAGUUCAUUUGAGAGAUUAGAAACUUGUACUCUCUUUCUCUCUCUCUCUCCCCUUUCUUACUAGCUUUUGAGAGAGAAACUCAUUUAACUCGAACCCAAAACUUCCACCAACCAAAAGGAAGAAGAAAAAAAAGAACUACAAGGCAAUCUGUCUUUAUAGGGUUCAAAAAUUUCCAAAGAAAUCAGAGUUUCAGAUUGAAUGGAAGAUAUACUUGGAGUAAAAAAUCAUAUCAAGAAACCAUUAUGAUCACAGCCUAGAAGAUUUGAAGGAACCAAAAGUUCACAACAAAAACUUCAGUUUGUGACUAGUAUCUGACUGAGUGAUCAGAAUCAAAUCAUCAUCACAAUGUAUCAUCCAAACAUGUUUGAAGGCCAUCAUAUGUUCGACAUGACCACAAAGAGUACCUCAGACAACGACUUUGGAAUCACCGGAAGCCGUGAAGAUGAUUUCGAGACCAAGUCAGGCACCGAAGUUACCAACGAGAAUCCUUCCGGUGAAGAGCUUCAAGAUCCUAACCAACGUCCCAACAAAAAGAAGCGUUACCAUCGCCACACGCAGCGUCAAAUCCAAGAACUCGAAUCGUUCUUUAAAGAAUGCCCUCAUCCAGAUGAUAAGCAACGCAAAGAGUUGAGCCGCGAUCUCGGUUUAGAGCCUCUUCAAAUCAAGUUUUGGUUCCAAAACAAACGCACACAAAUGAAGGCACAACAUGAGAGGCAUGAUAACCAAAUUCUUAAGUCGGACAAUGACAAGCUCAGAGCAGAGAACAAUAGAUACAAGGAGGCUCUAAGCAAUGCUACAUGCCCUAACUGUGGCGGUCCAGCUGCUAUUGGAGAAAUGUCUUUCGAUGAACAGCAUCUCAGGAUUGAAAAUGCUCGCCUCCGCGAAGAG